CGAAACCGUAUGCUAGGUGCAUCAAUUGUAUUAAAUGGGAAAGAAGAAAAGGCCAACAACCUGUUAAUGUCCUACAAACUGCAGGAGCUCGAUGUGGCUUACCAUAAUCCGGAAAAUUUCGCACCGAGGUGGCACAUUCCAGUUACGAUUUAUGCAGUACCCAGACGCGAAGUGCAAAUGGACACUCAUCAGCACUUUAAGGGGAAUAGAUGCGAAUUUUGAUGAGUGGUUGCGUUCACAAUUUACAAUGUACCACGAGAAUGAUAUCGACAUAUACAAAAACAAGACCCAAAUUUGGUUGGUGUUUGAGAAAACUUUUUCGGCUAUUAAGGGGUUGGUAACUUACAGACCCAUUUUUGAAGAAUAUUUUUACGAAGUCCUCAGGCUACUUUUUGAGGAUAACGUAAUGUAUUUAGAAUUUCGAAGUACACUACCUGAAAUGUACGAGCUUAACGGAUCUACGUACAAAUCGGAGGAUACGGUGCGAUUUUACGAUGAUGUCAUUGAAAAAUUCAAGCGUACGCAUCCAAAAUUUGUGGGCGCACGCCUUAUUUACGCCCCUGAUCGAGACAACAAUAAUCAAACAUUUAACAAUAUCGCCUCUAUCCUCCUCAAUGUGAAGGUCGGCCACCCAAAGAUUUUGGCGGGCUUUGAUUUGGUCGGCCAGGAAGAUCUUGGAGCGCCUCUACUGUCAUACUUGUGGGAGGUGAAGAGGAUUGCAAAGUUAGGUAUCGACGUCUAUUUUCACGCCGGUGAGACAAACUGGUAUCAAAGUAACAGCGAUUAUAAUGUAAUUGACGCCAUUCUGUUGGGCUCGAAGCGUAUCGGUCACGCGUUGGGCUUAAUCAAGCAUCCGGUUGCAUUGGAAAUGAUCAAGGAAAGAAAUAUCGCCAUUGAAGUAUGCCCAAUCUCGAACCAAAUGCUUUUGUACGUCGACGAUCUGCGGAAUCAUCCGGCGUCAUUUCUAAUUGCGAAUGGAUUUCCAAUUGUAAUAAGCUACGAUGAUCCCAGCCUUUGGAACGUUACGGGAUUAAGUUAUGAUUUCUACAUUACAUUUAUGGCAAUAGCCGGAAGAACGGCCGAUUUGAGAUUAUUAAAGCAGUUGUCGAUUAACUCGAUACUGUACAGUUCAUUAACGGGUGACGAGAAGAAGUUGGCAUUACAGUCGUGGGAGACAGACUGGGGCAUUUUUAUUGAAAACAUCCACUCAGUGAUAGUGUAGAGAUGACAUUGGAUGAAUACCUUUGUUCCUAUUGUGGCUGUGAAAUUCGUGUGUCAUCCAUUUAUGUAAUAAAAUGGCAAUGUGUGAAUAAAUGAAAGGCCUGUACUUUGUUAGUAACGCA